UGACAAGCGGCUUGACAGGUCUGCCUCCGCAACAUUUUCCAAUAUUUUUAGAAACGCCAACAUAUGUGUAAAAAUAUGGCGAACAUUUGGGAAAAUAAACUGUAAAGAUCUCUACAAUGGAGGAUUUACUUCGACUUCUUAUCAAAGAUGCUCAAGCUCCGAAGUUUCAGCCAGUUCGAGUUUCAGCACAAAAUGCUCUUGACACACUCACAAAUCCCAUGGAAGCAGACGUCUUACCAGCUUAUGAGCUUCGGGAACGAUGUCUAGAGGCCAUGCAGCUUGCGUUGGAGAGCAGAACCAAACGUCUCAUGAUGCAUGGUCUUAGCGGAAUAGAGAAGCUACUGCGCGAUAGUCGUUUCCACGCAAGUCUAGAACCAGCGAAUGAGGAGAAGUGGCUCCCCCUACAGGUUCUAAAUACUGUAUAUGCCGGGGGAAACUUGCCUGAGGAAAUACAAGCGGAUGUUAUUAAACUGCUUCUGAAAAUGACAUUAUCAUCUGCAUGGUGCACAAAUACAAAAAUUGUCACGAAGAUUUCGGAGGUGUUCAUAGACACUUAUACCCUCACAGCAUCCUCGGCUUCAGUGAGGGGUCUGGUUCAGGCCGCUCUAACUCAGCUUCUAGCAAGCUUCUCUGAGAAGCUGUGUGCUGCUAUAAAAGAAGGGGAAAAGGCUGAACAUGAUGUGAUGUCAGAUUUUAACGCCAAAGGUGAAACUGUAGCUGAAAGUCUGAUGUCUGAUAUUGUUUCUAUGCUGUUUUUCCUGUGUGAGAGGAUCAACAUCUCUAUGAAGGCAGGUCAGACAAGACUAGCGGUACCUGUUUUACUUGAGGGAGUGUUGGCAAUCCUGAAGAAUGCUCCAUCACAGUUGAGAAUAUUCGAUGACUUCCAACAGCAUGUUUGGCAAAAUCUCUGUCCAACUCUGAUCUCCCUGUUGGGGGUGCCGAAAACCGACACCAAGUUGAAACUUACGACAGACCCCAGCAAAAAUGUGGACACCACAGCCCUCUCCCCUACAUCGGCUAAAAUUAUUUAUGGUAUAUCGGUUGAGUUAUGUAAGAUGCUAGGCCCUGUAGAAUCUCUGAGACCUGUGUUGGAAUCUCUGUUUCAUCGCAUACUGACAUGCACUGCACCACAACAUAGACAUGAUGCCAUCAAGGCUGUUAGAGAGCUACUAAAUGACCCAGGCCGUCUCUGCGACAUCACAGUAACACACUGUAUGGAUGGAAAGUCUGCAGGAAAAUCAUCAUCCAAGUGUAAUGAACUGGCCAUGUUGAAAAUGUUCAUGAAAAGCAUACAAGAGUGUUGCCACACAAAUGACUCUGCCCUAUGUUUCACAUCAGUGUUGUGUGUUCAUGACCUACUGACCUCAAUACAACAGAUGGAACAGGGAAUUGGUAUCCAUGACAACAGUGUCAAGGUCAUUGAAGAGAAAUACACACAUAAACAAGAGUCAAAAAGGGCAUUAUCUGAAAGAACAAACUCCAUGGCUUCCCAGUCUGAUACAGAUGAUGGUCUUGUCAAUACAAAUAACUCUAAUAUCUGUAAACAAAUGGAAGAGCAUAUUGAUGUUAUCAAUUCAAGGCAAUCAAGUAUUGACCUUGAUAAAAAUUCAAGGUCAGAUGAAGGUCAGACAAUAAAUGAUACAAGCAACAAGCUUGAUAACCCAAGCCAAAAUUAUGAGGAAGCCAGAGUUGAAAUUGAAGGUGGUGUAUCUACUGAUUGUGUAGUAAAUUCUGAUAAUAAUGAUAAAGUUGGUGACAAAGAACAACCACAAGAGGCCAAAAAAGAGUCUGUCACAGCAGAUGUCAAGAACAUGUCAAGCAUUGACACAAAGGUCAAAGAAAGGUCAAGGUCACUUGAAGGUGAAAAUGGGCCAGUUUUUGUAGAUCACGAGAAGCAAUCAGCUCUGAAGUUUAUUGAAGAGUUGAAAGAACUGGUACCUGAUUUGCUGUCCAGGUAUUUCUCCAUACCUGACGUGGAUGAGGGCUUGCAACAAUUUGCUUCCAAGUUUGCAGAAAAGAGUUCUAGUCCAGAGAAGCCAGGUAGUACAUGUGGCACCCCUAACACGAUGUUGAAUGCGGACAGUAUUUACUCCACGUCAUACGCUGUGUUGUGCUUGGCCCUACAUCUACACACAAACGACUACUAUACCCUACAGCACAGGAGUCUUAUACCUCUUACUGAGAGUGAGUUCCAAGACAGUGUAUUGGACACAGACAUGUUCUUGUAUCUUUCCCCAGACUGGUUAUCCCACGUGUAUCAGACUGUGGUCAGCCAGGACAUUCUUGCCCAUGCCACAGAUAUGCUGCUAGAAGACAGUGCCCUUGUGUGGACACUCAGAGAAAUGCCUAUAGAUGAUAUGUUUGAAAUAGAAGAACAAAGUCAUGACAUAGAUGGUGACGGCAGUCAUGCUCUUGGAGGUCAGAUGUUGAAAGACUGUGUUCAGUAUGAGCUAGAAGAGACUGUUACUGCUAAAACCAGUCCUGAAGCCAGAAAUGCAGGUAAGCUUUUAGCUGGUCAGAUACUUUCCACCUGCUGGGAGUCGAUACUGGACAUUCUGGCCAAUCUACUGAGUGGCCGUAGUGUUAUAGGGGUGACCAACUCAUUUGCUGUUAUGAUUGGCAUGGAAGGUGCGAAGGAAGAGGCUUUAAAGAAACGUGACGCCCUGUGUAAAUGUCUGGAUGGGUUGCAGAUAGCGGCAAAAUUGUGCUGUACACUAGGCCUUCAAGAAAGAUGUGAAGCUGUCUUCACCCUGCUAGCCAACACCUCUUGUGUGAUGGAGGACUUCAUUCACGCCAAUCAACCCUCGCCUGGAGAUCGAACCACACCGAAAUCCCAGUCAAAACAGAAGCUGGUUACUUUACAUGCGGCCCAUGUUCUUAGUAUGGAUGCUAUGAUGACCACUGGCUUAGAGAUUGGUAGCCAUUCUGCUGUUUGUUGGAAACAAGUUUUCAGAUGCUGUGCGUUCAUAUCAGAGCUAGAACACACAUACUUCAGUGGGGGUAACAACCAGUCCAACCUGCCAAAAAUACAGCAAGAAGCACAAGCUGUCAAUGGGGAAGAAAGUGAGAAUGACAUUUACAGUGACUGUAUUCCCAUGGGCCCUAUAGUCCCAGUUGCUCCAAGGAUCAACGUUUCAAGCCUGGUUGCUCAGAGUUGUCUAGAGUCUGGCUGGGACAUUGCUGGGAAAUCUGGAGCUGGGGAACUCAACUCUGUACAAGCUUCACAGGCACUCUGCGGUCUGAGCCAGCAAGUGGACAGAAUAUUUGAGGAAGCAGCAAGCAAUUUGAACAUGACAGCAUUGACUGGAUUUCUAGCAAAUCUUUGUGAAUCAAGCAAACAUCAGCUACAAAAAUGGAGCAAGAAACUAUUAGAGUGUGAGGACCAACCAGGGGACCAGCCGGUGAUGCCUGUUAACUCCCUACACCUGUAUAGACUACAGGGAGUGGUGUUGAAAGUGGCACACAGUGAUAGACCCCUUAUACACAUAGUCAAGGCCUGGAGUGUGGUCUCCUCAUAUCUUGUUGAGUCUGCAGGUCACAAAGAUAGAAGUAUUUCAAAGAUGGCCGUCACAUGUGUCCAUGACUUUGUCAUAGCGGUGAUGUCGAGGUGGAAGGAAUUACGACAUUUUCACACGAAUGAGAUGCUCUGUAAAACGUUUGAGAACAUUCUUUGUUUGGAGCUUUGUGAUGGAGAUGUGCAGGACCAGAUUGUAUGUUCAAUCUGUGAGCUAGUCGAGGCUUCAGCUAUGGACAUCAAGUCAGGAUGGCGUCCGUUAUUUGGUGCGCUUAGGGCCGUCAGGAUUGAGUAUACAACAGUCGAAGAGGUGAACGAGGCACGUCAGAGGCACGUUGAGGCAGUUUUGGACGUGUUUGAUGUCUUCCUAAACACUGACAAUAUUCUCGUAUUUGCCAAUGCCACAGUAGACUGUAUACUGUGUCUGCUCAAAUACGUGAGGGGACCAGGUGAAUUCUCGGACUCUGACAGUGACGAAAGUGAUUCUGAGAUGGAGUAUGUGAGCUCGUCCCCCUGCUCCGAAAACCUUGUCCUUCCCGCGCUACAGUAUUUGAAGCAAUGCUCCAUCAUCCUACAAUCCAUGUGGAAGAUGCCAGCCUGCCCAGUGUUUCAUGGUGCUAAGAGGAUCCAGGUGGACACUUUCACAAGAUGUGUGGAUCCUGUGAUAGCCAAUAUGGACUUCGACAAGUUCUCUGCAUAUUUUACACCUGCUAAUGUUGAAGCUCCCUUGACAUCCAGCAAAGAAACGCUUGGAAUAAACGAGGAGAAGCGCUCUGGGGAUACUGUCAGCCUCCUGUCAAAUGAUUCUGGGAUCCAUAUUUCUGAUGAAGGCCAUAAGACAAAACAGUCAUCAGAUGAUAAGUCCACAACUCUAGAUGAGCUAGAUAAACACACUGGAAUUCUUCACGUCUGGUUUCUACUAUUGGAAGGUGUGUCAGGAGCAAUGUCGUCCUGCCCUAGGUCAUUCCAGCCUCAUACCAUGGAAACGCUGUUUGAACUCCUCCGCACGGCAUGCCUUGUACCAGGACCGGACUUCGUGGUGUUUUGUAUCAAGCACUUGCUUCUUCCUAUGAUCCAAUCAUGGUCGAGGUCGGGUUCUAAGAAGUUUGGCUACUGGGACACCGGUGCAACCAACUUUAAACAGUGCUGUGGUCACACGACUGACCUUAUUGUGGAUCUUAUCCAUGACUUCAAGGACAAUAAUGACCUAAGCUACCAGCUAGAAGUUGUUUUACGACAGACACUGGCAGUGUUGGCAGAAUGUGUGUCCCAGCCAACAGAGGUCAUAUCCAGACUUGGUUGUUCAUGUAUAAGACACAUUCUGCUAAGUGGCCAUGAAGAUUUCUCAGAGCGUAUGUGGGACAUCAUGAUCACCAGCAUCGAGCAAGCCCUUAAUGUAACCACAUACAACUUACGUCAAAUCAUGCUGCUGUUUCAUCCAAACUCUGAGAACUUUUACGGGGAUAUCGGGCAAGUCAAGGUUGCAACGAGAAAGGACUGCACUUUGUCAGAAUUUGUGCGCGUUUGGCAUCUAGCACAACAGGUAUUUCUCCUGGACAGCCAAGUGAGUGUUGAGUUGCCAAUCAUAGAUGACACUGAAGACAAGUCCUAUGUGUUCCUGCUUUAUCCGCCAGGAUAUGAAAACAGUCUUAAUCCAGACCACAUUCUUGCAAGGCAGUUUUAUCAAUCCGAUGACGCACCAGUAGGAGUUCCAUUCCGAAGCUUAGUUGUUGGAUUGUUGUCACACCAGCUGUUGCUACAAACGAUUGGCUGCAUUCUCCUGGAAGGAAACACAACUGCUGAGAAUUCCUGCAUGCCUGGAAUGCUUUCACAACUUUCAUCUAAACAAGUUGUUAAACUACUUACAUGUCUGAGGAGUUCCUACCAACUUGCGUGUGACUUUGAUUUGCGCCCUGGCCUCAAGUUUCUCAUGCAGAAAGUUGCCCACACUCCUGUCUCAGUUAACCUUUACAAACAGGCCGGCGCUUCAAUGGUUUUCUACAUUCACACCCUCAUCAAGAUUUGCUCCAAUUUGAAAGACAUUGACAAGGCUUCAGUUCAGGAAAUGUUAACUGAACAAAAAGACAGGGAGGAUCAGAAAAGUGGUGAUAAUGAUAGUCGAGAGAAAGGAACUAUUAUUGAAGGAAAAGAAAAUUAUGGUAAAGAAAUGGAGCCACGGCAAAGCAAUGACGGUACAAAGUAUGUUAAUGAAGGAGAAAAUGGAUUUGUUGUUAAAGAAGGGAUGGAAACUGAGGCAAAACAUGAUGAACAAACUACUGAACAGAAUGAAAGGAAUAGUGCCACGUCUUCCUUUACUGAUCUGAACGGUGCUUCCAAAUGCCAAACUAUGUGUAUUUCUAGUCUGAAAGGACCAGCAGUCACGGAUAAUGCAGUUAUUUUCAUUAAUGAAUUAAAAGGAAUUUGCGAUGAGCUUUGUCACACGUACAUAGAAAUCCUUUACGACAAGUCAGGAACAAGCUGUGUUGAUAGCAUGUCGGAACAACAGCUUUUCUUUCUCAUUGCACAGCCGGACGAGUUCCCAGAAAUGCCAUCAACUAAGUUAGAUAUUAACACAUUGAGUAAACAGCUUGAGCAGACUCAAGCUAGGCUCGAAGGGCAGUCUAUAGCAACACAAGUUGUUAGCAUUCAGGAAGAACCACCUGUGACGAUUCCAACAGAAACAAAGCCAAAUCACCCUAAGCCGAGAAGCGAAGAGCAAACAAAGAGUAAACGUGAGCUUAGAAAUGAAAAUGAAAGUCGGGUGUAUAACCUGGCAACGGACAAGUUGAUAAAGAAUCUCAUGACAGAGUACAAGAAGAGGAAGAAUCAGAACGCCAUGCCAACUUUUUCAAAGGUGAACACGAAGACAGAAAAGAAAAAGAAAGUGAGAGAAAAGAAAACAUCUGGAUCAAUUGAUUCCAUAGAACAAGUCAUUGAAAGACAACAACAGACUUCUAUUAUGAAGGAUAGUGAGGCACACCUGCAGUCAUGGACAGAGCUACUGUGCACCAUCCUUGGCCUCUUUCACCAACUUAGUGAUUCCCGGUUUACAACACUCCUCCCCACGGUGUUCGGGGCUGUCAAUCAUAUGAUAUGUCACGCCCACGACAUGCGCUUGAGGGAGGAGCUGGCCCAAUGGUUACACAGAGUUGGAAGGUUGUACAAUAUUGGACUGGAGGGAGAAAGCAUUAAAAGAGACUAAAAUCGGAUUAGUGGAUAUUGUUGUUAAGAUUUGAGAAUCAACACAUUAAGGAAUAUGAAAUCCUCAUUUAGUUUCUGAAGAAGUAAUAUUAUUUUACUGAAACAGUGCAAUAUGGCUACAUCAUUUUAUUCAGACUAUAGUUUAGCUAGUAUACUAGCCGUUCCAUCACUUCUAUCAACGUUUUGGGAGCCCCUUUGCACUAUCCUGUGCAUCGUUCAACAACUUAGCGAUUCGCGGUUCUCUACACUUCUCCCCUAGUUGUUCGGGGCUGCCAAUCAUAUUUUAUUGCCUCGCCUACGAUAUGCGCUGACAGGAGGAGCUAAACGAAUGGUUACACGGGCUUUAAGGUUGUACAAAUAUGGAUUGCAUUAAAAGACACAAACCUUGCGUGAUUUUGGAGAUUAUAAAGAAUAUUGUUUUUGAAUUUAAAUAUAUCCGACAUGUUUCUAUACAUAGUCCUCCCUAUUGUGUUCAGGAUCAGCAAGUACUUUUUUAAAACAAGUUUGCCAUGUACUAUUACAACAUCUUCACAAUACUUACAAUGCACUACUUUUGAAAGUAUACCAACCAGUUCAAUAACUCCACGUAUUAGUUUGAGGCUGUAAAUCUCAUGUACAGAAUCGGGUCCUGGUGACAUGCGCUUAAGGGAUGGGCGUGCGCAAUGAUUGCGCCAUGUGUUAUAUUUGUAUUGCCCACGAUAUGCGCUUAAGGGAUGGACGUGCGCAAUGGUUGCGCCAUGUGUUAUAUUUGUAUUGCCCGCGAUAUGCGCUUAAGGGGUGAGCGUGCACAAUGUUUGCACACAAUGGGGAUAUUGUAAUGCCAGGGGAUACCAUUAAAAGACUAACAAGAUAACACUGUAUAGUAGAAAAUAGUAUUAUAGGAUAAGUACAAUGCAUUUGAAGGAUUUUUGAACAGCUUCAUACAUGACAAACAUAUUGAAUAAUCGAACAUUAUAUUCAUUAGCGAAUAUUCAUUAAAGAGCUGUUUACUCCUCGUAUUUAAUGGGAUUUCUACAAGGUAAACAACUGAUAUAUAAAUUGUAUUAUGUACGAUAAUCUUUGGGAACAUUGUUAUUUCAUUGAUGUAGUUAAAUACUUUACGUUUAUAUUUUAGUGUAUCCAAUGUUUAUAUUUAGUGUAUCCAAUGUAUGUUAAAAUAUAUUUUUUAACACAGAUAUGUCGCUGUAAAAUUAAUGUACUAUUAUCAUUAUUUUAUUGAUUGCGGCAAACGGUUUUGUGCUGUAUAGUGUACAUGUAGUUGUAUUGCUCCAGUGAGAAUGCAUGCAAUGCAACUGUACAGUUAAGAAUGUUUGCAUACCAAACAAAAUUAUAGGUACAGGAUGUUCAUAAAGCCCUAACGUUUAUAUAUUUGACUAAGUACUUGAUAUAGUGUUAGUACCGUUGUCCUAGUUUAUUUUCAAUAUGUUAGAACUGUUCGAGCAACAUAGACCAAUGAUGUUUCGUACGUAGUGUUACACUACAAACUACAUAUUCAACAUUCCAUAUUCAGCCAAAAUCCGUUAGGUCGAAAAGACUUGGCUCGAGCGAACUUAAAUUCGUGCCAAGUCAAAAUUGUAACUAGCAUUGACUACUGCAAAUUUUCUGACGUUCAUUCUAACGGUGCAAGUGAUUUAUGCAUAAUUCAUGAUUUUAGUGUAAGUGUAAUUAAAAAACUUUAUUAACAUUAACUUAUUGAGAUACAUGUGCUACCAAAUAUUCUACUAUUAUGCAUAGUAGUUUUUUAUUGCAAGUUAUCUUUAAACAUGUUGUUUAUCAACAGUAAUACAGAACAUUUAUUGUACAUAUAUGUCUGUUAACUAAUUAUAUUUCAACAAAACAGAUCUGAGAGCGGCAUUACGAUUAGACUAUAUAUACUAUUGUUGUAUUUAUUUGUUGUUAAAGUUUAAAAGGCAAUUGUUGUAUUUUCAGCAUGUUGUUGUUAACAAUUUUAUUUCAUUUUUGGUUGUGGCAGUUUGUCCAGUGCAAUAAACACAUUAUAUAUGAAUAAAUUAUUUAGUGUUGCAACCUUUGUUUGUUUGUUCAAUCAUCAAGAGCUUGCUAUGACAUUGUUUUUUACUGUUGGUGACAAUAUCGCAAAAUAAUUGCUAUUUCUUAAUCCCCUGACAACAUGAUAUGAUU